AUGCCUUCCACGGGAAAUUUGUCUAAGUGGGCCAAAUUUGGCGACCGCAAGUCAAGCCUGAAAUCCGAUGAGCCUUCCGUCGAAGAGCGCCCGGUUCCUGAGAGCCCUCCCCUAGAUCCAAGUGCCGAUGGACCGACUGGCUUGAAGCUACUCGCAAUCACAUUUGGAUUAUGCUUGACGCUAUUCCUAGUUGGAUUGGACAACAUCAUCAUAUCGACCGCAAUUCCCCGGAUCACGGACGAGUUUUCGUCGAUCAACGAUAUUGGCUGGUACGGCAGUGCCUACCUGCUGACAACAUGCACCUUCCAGCUCACCUUCGGCAAACUAUAUACUCUAUUUUCCAUCAAGCUCACUUACCUGAUCUCAAUCCUCAUCUUUGAGAUAGGGUCAGCCAUAUGCGGCGCAGCUCCUCAGUCUGCCGUCUUGAUUGUUGGGCGUGCAAUCGCGGGUAUUGGAUGUUCAGGCAUUCUCGCCGGAACCUUUACAAUUAUUGCCGUUAUCAUCCCAUUGCCUAAGCGCCCUGCCUACACUGGUUUGGUCGGGGGUGUUUACGCGAUCGCCUCCGUUGUCGGUCCUCUGCUUGGCGGCGUGUUUACUGACAAGGUCACUUGGCGAUGGUGUUUCUAUAUCAACCUUCCGGUUGGCGCAGUAGCACUCGUCAUCAUGAUCUUCGUCUUCAAGUCCCCACCUCGCCCAGAUUCAGACGCAAACAUCACACCACUGGAGAAAUUCCUUCAGAUCGACCCUCUAGGAACCGCUGCCCUGAUGCCAGCCGUCAUUUGUCUCUUGCUGGCGUUGCAGUGGGGAGGCACGAUCUACCCUUGGAACGAUGCCCGGGUCAUUGUUCUUUUCGUGCUCUUCGGAGUAUUAUCCGUCGUCUUCGUCAUCAUUCAGGUGCGCAACGGAAAGAACGCCACGUUGCCCCUCACAGUCGUCUCUCAGAGAAGUGUAGCGGCUGCGUGCUGGUUCUCGGUUUGCACGGCUGGUGCGGAUUUCACACUGCGGCAGUACAUACCAAUCUGGUUCCAGGCGGUUAAAGGCGUAUCUGCUGUUGACUCCGGGCUGAUGAAUCUGGCGUUGAUCCUUGCAACCGCUCUGGCAUCCAUUCUGAGCGGAGUGGGAAUCACCAAGAUCGGUUAUUACAACCCUUUCAUGAUUGCUGCGACGCUAUUCAUGUCUGUUGGUGCCGGCCUUCUGACAACAUGGAAACCGGACGUUCCAAGUAAGGCAUGGAUAGGAUAUCAAGUUCUCUACGGUAUGGGAUCCGGUCAGAGCAUGCAGACCCCAUUGAUGGUCGUUCAGACCGUUCUUCCAAUGGCAGAAAUACCUCUCGGAACGGCAUUGGUCAUGUUCUUACAGACCUUUGGAGGGGCAAUCUUCAUCUCGGUGGCUCAAAACGUCUUCACCAACGAGCUUCGAGCUGGAUUGGCGUCAGAACUUCCGAACAUCAACGCUACCGCCAUUGUGGAUGGUGGUGCGAACAGCAUCAGAAUGCCAGGUGUCAUACCACCGGAGUCACUGGAUGCGGUUUUGCGUCUCUACACCGGAAUCCCGGUGGAUACUCUGAUGAAUUCCCAGACCGGCGUGUACGUUGGAUGCGAUGUUGCUGCAUCUGGACUGAGCGAAGCGAUGACCGCAAACCGAGUUUCUUGGUUUUUCGGUUUGCGAGGACCCAGCUUAACUCUCGAUACGGCAUGUUCAUCAAGUUUAUACGCCCUUCACCUGGCUUGCCAGUCCUUGAAACAGGGAGAGACUAACAUGGGAUUGGUGGCUGGUGUCAACCUUAUCCUUCAUCCGAACUUCAUGCAUCAGUUAUCGUCGAUGCACAUGCUCAGCCCGGAAGGCAUAUCUCACUCUUUCGAUCAUAGGGCCAAUGGCUAUGGUCGAGGAGAAGGCAUCGGCUGCCUGAUAUUGAAGAGAUUGAAAGAUGCACUGCGAGAUGGUGACACUAUUCGAGCGGUGGUCAGGGGUACCGGCACGAACGCGGAUGGCAAGACACCGGGCAUUACCCAGCCAAGUUCCGAGGCCCAGGCCGAACUCAUCAGAAGCACAUAUGAGGCUGCAGGCCUAUCGCUCUCGGACACGCAAUAUUUUGAAGCCCAUGGAACUGGAACACCUCUUGGGGACCCCAUUGAGUUGUCGGCAAUUGGUGCAACCCUCGGAGCUGGGCGCACACCAGAGAGCGGCCCAUUGUAUGUCGGCAGCAUCAAGGCCAACGUUGGCCACACCGAAGGCUGCUCCGGUCUAGCUGGUGUACUGAAGUCCAUUGUUUGCCUGGAAAAGGGAAUCCUCGUACCAACUGCCGGCAUCGAAAAGCUGAACCCGAAGCUUAAGCUCUCCGAAUGGAAUCUGGCUUUACCAUCCGAGAACAUGCUCUGGCCAGCCACUGGUCAGCGACGUGUCAGUGUCAACUCAUUCGGGUUCGGCGGUGCUAAUGCACACGUCAUCCUGGACGAUGCUCAUAACUACCUGCGAAAUCGAGGGCUGCACGGCAAUCAUAACACAAGCACCUUCGAAGACGACUCUUCAGAAUCAGGCAUCAGUCUAGGAUCUGACUCACCAAGACAAGAUGCUAACAAGAGGUUAUUUGCCUUCAGCUCUAAGGACCAGAGUGGAAUUGAGCGUCUCGGUGCGGUUUACGCCGACUACCUGUCCCAGAAGGAGUUCACAUCUGGUCCGAGGUUUCUCGGUGACCUGGCUUAUACGCUGUCGAUGAGACGAGCUCCCUUCGAAUUUCGAAGUUUCGCAGUCGCGGAUUCCAUCUCGGACCUCCAACGCCAAAUUUCAAAGGGUUUGCCGGAGCUGAAGCGAUCAUCCAAGCACGAUAAUCUCGUCUUCGUUUUCACGGGGCAGGGUGCUCAGUGGCCUGCUAUGGGAAGAGAGCUCUUGAACAACUGCAUCUUCCGAACGAGCAUCAACAAGUCGCAGGUGUUACUGGAGCACUACGGCUGUCUAUGGGAUUUGACGGAUGAGCUUUCCAAGACGGAAGAUUCCAACAUCGAUCUACCACAGUACAGCCAAGUGCUGUGCACCGUCCUACAGAUCGCACUUGUUGACCUCUUACGAGCCUGGGGCAUUACACCGAAAGCCGUUGUUGGCCACUCAAGUGGUGAAAUAGGUGCGGCGUAUGCAGCCGGUCUUCUUUCGCGCUGCAAUGCAGUCAAGGUUGCGUAUCUCCGAGGCAUUUGCUCUGCCAAGGUUGCAGAUAUCGUAAGCCCUCGAGUUGGUGCCAUGCUUGCGGCAGGUCUCUCUGAAGAGGAGGCGACGGCAUAUCUUAAGCAUGUGCCACCUGGCUCAGUCGUGGUUGCUUGCGUCAACAGUCCAUCGAGCGUCACUUUGUCAGGUGGUCGCAACGCAGUGUCGAAGUUGUCUGAGCUCAUCUCCGCCGAUGGCAAGUUCGCAAGAAUGCUCCGUGUGAAAACCGCGUACCACUCUCCUCACAUGGCUACCGUCGCUAAGGAGUAUAUGGAUCGCAUGGGGGUAAUCAUCCCACUUGCAGACCAGGAUCAAGUCGCCACGAUGUUCUCAUCUCUCACUGGGAAACCAGUGACUUCCAGAGAUCUCGACGGGUCGUACUGGAUGCGAAAUAUGUGCGAACAAGUCCGCUUCUCUCAAGCUAUGGGCAAUCUCCUGGAUCAUGCACCGGAUGCAUCUCAAGGACGGGGUCGCAACCGUACGCCCUGGAGCGCCUUCGUCGAGCUUGGCCCUCACGGGGCAUUGCAGAGUCCCGUCGGAGAGGUUGUCAAGUCCAGUCAAAGCAAGGCAGCGAAGGAAGCGCCUUAUCUUUCUGCUGUCACUCGUGGAAAGGACGCCGAGUUAACCGCAUUACAGCUUGCGGGACAACUGUGGGCUUCAGGACACAGCAUCAACCUUGCACGAGUCAACAUGAUUAUUCCCGAGUCGCUCCCAAUGGCCUUGCCAGAUUUACCAUCCUAUCCGUGGAAUCACAAGAAGGGCUACUGGCACGAAUCAGCCAUAGCUCGUUCAAACAGGUUUCCUGCAAGCCCCCGGACCGACUUGCUUGGAGUUCCGGUCGACUUACAAAAUCCCAUGGAACCCAGAUGGCGCAACUAUCUGCGCAUAUCAGAGAAUCCAUGGAUCGAAGACCACAAGAUCACUGGGACGACGUUAUAUCCAGCAGCUGGUAUGAUCGUCAUGGCAAUGGAGGCAGCGCGACAAUUGAGUGAUCACGGCAAGACUCUCACCGGCAUAUCGUUUCAUGAUCUGAAAUUCGAGCGCGGUUUGGUUGUUGCUUCAAGAGAUCAGGCUGUUCAAACCGAAAUCAGCUUGCGUCCCGAUGAUUCGCAAUCUCAUGCGUGGAACUUCACAGUAUUCUCAACAACAGCAACUGGGUCUUGGACCAGACACUGCUACGGCAAUCUUCAGCUUGAUUACGCUCAUGAAAAGCGCAACCAUUCGCGCCUUUCCCAGGCAGAGUGGUCCGAAUUAUCUUUGAACAAAGAGGAUAUCGAAAAUAGAGCAUCCAAAGAGCUUGACAUGGAGUCUUUCUACGAUGAUCUCGAAGCUGUCGGCGUCGAAUACGGACCGACCUUUCGGAACGUGUUCCAGGCUGCUGCAGUACCAGAUGAACAUUGUUCAUACGGUUCGAUUGCCAUACCUGACACGAAGUCUUCCAUGCCAUUCAACUUCGAGUUUCCGCAUCUCAUUCAUCCAGCUACCAUGGAUGCCAUUUUCCAUCUUCUGUUCAUCGCCUUCUCAGAUGGCCAGUCCUUAGACGAAGCCGCUGUUCCGUACACGUUGAAACACAUGUACGUUUCUACCGAUCUACCGCAAGGGGAUGGCAGCGUCUACACCGGGUUUGCAAAGCGCUUGCGAGCCAACGGUCGCGAGACAUCCGGCGAUCUGAUCGUUUCUGAUGAGAGCUGGAGCGGUCCUAAAAUCAUUGUCCGUGACUUUGCCUUGAGACAGGUCACGUCAUCCAAGGACUCGUCCUCAGCCACCGAGACGGCUUCACGGAAGGUGUGUGCCAAGGUUCGCUGGAAGGCAGAUCUGGAUUUGAUACGCUCCGCGGACUCUAUUCUCAGCCACGGUCUCCCCAACAGCAAUGAGGAUACUUCAGGGCACAGUGAAGAGGUCUUGCACACUUUGUCGGGACUGUUGGACAAGCUUUAUCACAAGACGCCAAACUACCAGGUGCUUCUUUUUGUCACAGAGGCUACAGAAUCGACCCAACGUCUCUUCAGAACUCUCAUGAUGAUCUCAAAGAGACUUGCCAAUGGCAAUAAAUCUGUUUCUCAAAGGAUUGCGGUGGUAACAACAGCUGAACCCGCCCAAAUCAUGGUUGAGAAAGAGUUGGAAGACCAGCAGGAAUCGAGUGUCGUCAAGAAGUGGGAAGUUGGUUCCAGAGACUCAUUUCCGUUUGAGGAACAACUCUUUGACUUGGUCUUAACGAUUGAUUCCUACUACCAUGCUGGUUUUGCAACCAUUCUGACGCAAGCGUACGGGGUGACGCAUCCCAGCGGCCACAUCGGCAUACUGCAGUCGAACGUCUUUUCUGCUAUCGACAUGAAGGCCUCAGAAAUUUUUGAAUCACAUGGUCUGAUCACCAGAUUCAGCCUCAAUGACAACGACUCCCGCCAAGCACUUAUCCUGACUCAGAAGCCCACACCUGUGGCCGCAAAGACUACCCCCAAGGAAGUCGUUCUGCUCCGGAGACUUCAACUUUCACCUCAGACUCAGGCGUUGGAGGAAUCAUUGGUCCGCCGUCUCAAAGAAAGUGGCUGUCAGACUCAUCCAGCAACACUGGACAGCGUUCAUGAUCUUCAAGGAAAGCAUGUGAUCUCUUUACUUGAAGUGGAGACCCCCUUCGUGUACGACUGGACCGACGAAGAGUUCUCUCAGUUUAGGCGCUUGGUUUCCAGUACCAGCCACAUCCUAUGGAUUACACGAGGUGGCCUGAUGCACAACUGGCACGACGGGCUGGAAUUCGCCCCCUCCCAGGGUCUCUUGCGUGUGUUGCGCACCGAGUAUUCACAGGUUACCUUGCCACAUCUCGAUUUGAGCAGGGCAAUCGAUCUGGGGUCUGAAAGAGUCUCGGAAAUCGUCCUGGACGUAUGGAACUCGACGCUCCGCAAAGACUCUCAGUCGCUUGAGAUGGAGUACGCUGAGCUCAAUGGAACAGUCUUCAUUCCAAGAUUCAUUGAGGAUGAUAACAUCGAUAUGGACCUCGACCCUGAUGGUCCAUGUCUGCAACCUGUUCUCACGACACUGGGCAAUCAAGUUCCUCGUCAGCUUACCGAUGAUGAUGGGCGCCUUGUGUGGCUCGAGACAGAGCCCUCGGGAACUCUUGGCCCGCAAGAGAUAGAGAUCACCGUUGAAACCGCUUUCGUGCGGAAGAGCACAACUCGCAUGCCAGACGGCGAUCAUGGGAACCUUUUAGCCCAGACUGUGGUCGGUAUCGUAUCCGCAACUUCGCCUGAUGUCACAUCUUUUGAAGUUGGAGAGCGUGUAGUUGCGUUACAAUCAGGUCCCUGUCGAACCAAGCUUCGCCUUCAUGAGUCUUUGGCUCGACUCCUUACUCCUAGCAUCCCGGCAAAGGAAGUAGUUUCACUCGUUUCUUCUCUGACAACAGCUCAAUAUGCCUUGCUCGAGGCAACCAGGCUUGAACGUGGACAAACAGUCAUUGUUCGCGGAGCCGAUACCGCCAUCGGCCUGGCCGCUGUUCAGCUUGCUCAGUCUCUGGGCGCAGAAAUCUUCCUCGCAGUCAAAAGCAUCCGCGAGAAGUCCUCCUUGUCCGAGCAACUACGCGUCUCAGAAGACCAGAUCUUUGGACAUGGUUCAAACGAGAUCCGUGAUGCAGUCUUGUCACGAACGGGUCGGAGAGGUGCGGAUGUGGUUUUGAAUUGCGACCAGACCUGUCCAACUGCGGCAAGUCUUGAGAGUCUCGCUGAGUUUGGCACUUUCAUUGAUUUCAGCGGAGACUACGACUCCCGGUCUUCAAAGAACAUCGUCCCACAGAACAUUACCAUGGCCACCAUUGACGCAUCUCGGCUUCUCGAGGCAAAGCCUGCGAUCAUGAAAAGACUAUUCGACAAGUCCCUCGCCUUGAUCGAGGAUAAGCAAGUCGUGCCACUUGGCAAAGUUCGUACACGAUCUAUUGCCGACUUGAGCACGAUCGAACAGGAUGAUGAUACCACUGAGUUUGUGCUAUAUGUUGAUAGCAAUGCUCAGACUCUUGUGCGCCCAUCUCGACUUCCCGAUCUCCGCCUGGAUUCCGAAGCAACUUACGUCCUCGCUGGUGGUUUCGGCGCUUUGGGGCUGCAGAUUGCCGACAUGAUGUUCCAACACGGCGCUGGCCACGUUGUCUUCUUGUCUCGAUCAGGAGGCGACAAGAACCUGGCUGAUCUCACAAUGUUCCGCGAUCGCGGGUCGAGGGUGCAUGCUUUCAAGUGCGACGUCUCUGAUCCAUCCCACGUGAAAGAUGCGGUUGAGAGAUUAGUCAACAAGGGAUGCCGUAUCAGGGGCGUCAUUCAGUGUGCCAUGGUUCUCGAGGCAAGACACCUGAUACCAGAUGCCAUAUUUGAAAACAUGACAUAUGAUCAAUGGCAGAAGUCCACCCGCCCGAAGAUCCGCGGAACCAUGAACCUUCACAACUAUAUGCCAAAGGACAUGGAAUUCUUCAUACUUCUUUCAUCCAUCACCUGCGUCAUUGGCAACGCAGCUCAAUCAAACUAUGCCGCCGGAAACACGUUUGAAGACGCUUUCGCACACUACCGCCGGAGCCAAAGCCUCGCAACCACGGCAAUCGACGUGGGACUAGUUACUGAUUCGGCCCACUUCACCGGGGACUUCGACAUGGACGCAUAUCUCCAGAUGUACGAGCACCGCUGGGACGGCCUUCAAACCACUCAGGCGGAGCUGGACGCUGUGUUGAAGGCUGCCAUGCGAGGUCGCACCGCCGACGGUCAACCAAUUGAGCCCCAGAUUGUGCUGGGUCUCGGUAGCUCGAUGCCCAAGGGGCCGUUGGCAGCAUCCUGGACGAGAGAUCCAAAGUUCAGUCACCGUGUUGAUCAUGAUUCGUCAGCUUCUUCGGGAUCAUCUGCCAGCCAGCAACCCAUCUCGGAGAGAGUGGCCAAAGCGGAAACACAGGCAGAUGCCGUCAAUGUGUUUGAGGAUGUUCUCAAGAUGUAUGCUGCGCAGGUCAUGGACAUUGCAGCAGAUGAGGUGGACGCAGAAAAGGCGUUUUACGACUUUGGUGUUGACUCUCUGAAAGCCGUCGAGCUUCGCAAUCGUAUCUUCCGAGACCUCCAGACUGACAUGUCUGUCUUUGAGCUGUUGAGUCCUUCGCCACUCUCAAAGCUUGCAUCAGAGAUUGCUGGUAGAAGCAAGCUUGUGGCACAUUUGGUCGAUGUCAAAUAG